AUGUCGUGUGGUGUGCGUGGGCUCACCACUCCGAGCUCGGCGCUGAGUCGAUACGGCGCGCAGUGCGGAGCAGGCAUAUCAAGUCUGGUAACUAUGCGGCGUAACUCCGGUAGCGGCGCAACAGGUCUGUGGCGGGACGCGGCUGCGGGCGCGGGGCGGUGUGGGUUGGAAGUGGUGGCUUGGAAUUUGCGACGACGACGCUGCUUGACGCCCAGUGCUCUGGCGCACGAGGCACGUAGGCGGCCGCUGGCCCGUUCGCCCACGACGCCGCACCUAGCCGCGUCGCCGCCAACGUGUAAAUCACUAAACUUACACCUCCGACGCAUCACUAUUUACCACCAGCCACUAGCCUGA